AUGCGUGACACGACUUACCUUGAUUUCCGCCUCUACAAGGACCUGCAACAUAAAUCUCGGACCAAAAGCAGGAUUGUAUGCCUUGACUACCCCCACAACCAGCCAUGGCAGGCAGAAGUAGAGCCGGUUUCAGCGUCGGAGUACGACCUUGUCCAUCUCGUUAAAGCUAUUGAGCCGUCUACUACACGAGUGCUCUUUGUUGAGAAUGCCACCACUGCGAUAGUCAACGUCCUGGGUCGAUCUCUAUAUAUUGAUCCACUCUUCUUUGCUGACCAUUUCCACACUCCUCCCCAAGACGCCCCGGACGCCUACGAAACCCCGCUCCAUCCUUUACACUCAGCUCUGCCACCCCGUCUCACAACAAGAAGCCAAGCUCAUGUUCACUACUAUCACCCUGUAGCAUUCAAAACCACGGAUCGCUACGCCGGGGCGCCUCACACGUUGCAGACACGCUCCAACCAUCCUCGAAAUGUCCAGAGGCUGGCAGGUAGAGAUAUUGCUGUUGCUCAUGGGUGCUGCUCCUUCAUCGUCAAAGCCGUCGGGACUUCUAGAAUCUGCUUAUUCCUAGUCGAUCCCCCAAUUUACUCCGUCCAGGAGCCGGGGACGAAAAGGUCAUGGCAAGUCCAAGCUUUGCCCUGUGACUUCGGAGAUUUCCCAUCGCCGCCUUCAUUUUCUUGUUUCUCCCAAGGCAAAGGAAAGGAGUGCCGAGAUAGAACCUCAAUGCUGGAUAGCAUUAUCCAGUACCUUGGACAGCAACCUCCACCUGAGUUUCAUGCCAGCUCACCGAUACACCUCAAUCCAGGAUAUUUUCUUAUCCGCAUUGUCCUUGCCGAGUGGGCCUUUUAUACUUACCUCACAUUUCGAUACGUAAAGUACUACGACUAUCUCAUUCGCAACAAUGUUGAGGAGUCGCUGCAGUGCGAAGAUCUAAUCGGCCUUCAACGCUGGCAACGGCAUAACAAAGUCAGCCAAUAUCGACUGGUUGUGCUUGCCGAGGUCAUUACCUCACAUAUGCCAGACGGAGGCGAGAAGGGCCCUUGGGAACUACUUCUCAAAGACACUAACUGGUUCCGGGAGCAACUGCAUGACUACUGCCAGUCGCUCGACCGGACGUUCACGGUACUCGAGUCGAUAAUGAAUCUAUCAGAGUCACGACGUCCUAUCGACCAGGCUGCCAACAUAAAACGCUUGACCUAUUUGGCCCUGGUUUUUUUACCCUUGAGUCUUGCGUCAACUCUUUUCGGCAUGAACAUAUCUACUUGA